ACCUUCCCGUCGGCCCCCGCGCCGCAGCCUCCGCAGCACCAGGACCCCCCUCCCGCGUGCUUGGGAGCCAUGCCGAAGUCCAAGCGGGACAAGAAGGUGUCCUUGACAAAAACCACCAAGAAAGGUUUAGAAGUUAAACAGAACUUGAUAGAAGAGCUGCGGAAAUGCGUGGACACCUACAAAUACCUCUUCAUUUUUUCCAUCGCCAACGUGAGAAAUAACAAACUGAAGGAUAUUCGCAACGCCUGGAAGCACAGCAGGAUAUUCUUUGGGAAGAACAAGGUGAUGAUGGUGGCCCUGGGACGGAGCCCGACGGAUGAAUACAAAGAUAACUUGCACCAGGUCAGCAAGCACCUGCGGGGAGAGGUGGGCCUCCUCUUCACCAAUCGCACCAAAGAGGAAGUCACGGAGUGGUUCUCUCGUUUCAAAGAGACGGACUUUGCCCGCUCCGGGAACAAGGCCACCUUGGACAUCAGCCUGGAUAUGGGCCCCUUGGAACAGUUCCCCCACUCCAUGGAGCCCCAGCUGCGGCAGCUUGGCCUGCCGACGGCGCUGAAGAAAGGCGUGGUGACGCUCAUCUCAGACUACGAGGUCUGCAAAGAGGGGGACACCCUGACCCCUGAACAAGCUCGCAUCCUGAAACUCUUUGGCUACGCCAUGGCGGAGUUCAAGGUGACGAUCAAGAGCGUGUGGCACGCUGAGACGGGAGACUUUGAACUGCUGACGGACGAUGCCGAGGAAGUCAUGGAAGGGACGGAGGAAGGAAAAGCAGAUUCUAACAACGAGGAUGACAACUAGGCGGAAGAGAUACCGUGGGAGGCAAAGAGAUUGUUGUACCUCAAAUUUCAGCUUUGGUCUGUCUUCCAGGAUAAUUCAGGACUGAACCGAUCGACGUAGGACUUUAUUUAUCAGAGGACUGAGUUUUUUAUAUAUAGAGAUAUAAAUAUAUAAGAGCGUGUAAA